CUUCGGGGAAUUUUUUUUUUUUUUUUAAGUAUUUUUUUUUUUUUUUUUAGUAUUUCCCGAUCUUCAGAUUCCCUCCAGAGCGGCGUCGAAUUAAAGAUCUCUUGAUCAUUGUUGAGAAAAGGGUCAGUAAGAGCUUUGGCACGAUGAGUGAGGUAUUUGAAGGAUAUGAGCGCCAAUACUGCGAGCGUUCGGCGAAUCUAUCCAGAAAGUGUACCUCGGCUGGUAUUCUCGAGGGAGAGCAGAAGAAGCAAAAAGUUUCUGAAAUAAAAGCUGGAUUGGAGGAUGCUGAAGCUUUGAUUAGGAAAAUGGACCUUGAGGCAAGAAGUUUGCAGCCAAGUGUGAAGGCUAUGCUCCUGGCGAAGUUAAGGGAGUAUAAAUCUGAUCUGAACAAUCUGAAAAGUGAAGUUAAGAGAAUUACAUCCACUAAUGCUAAUCAGGCUGCACGAGAUGAAUUGUUAGAAUCAGGGAUGGCUGAUACAUUAAUGGCAUCUGCUGACCAGAGAAGCAGGUUGUUGAUGUCGACUGAAAGAAUAAAUCACUCCAGUGAACGCAUCAAGGAGAGCAGAAGAACCAUGCUGGAGACGGAAGAACUUGGUGUCUCAAUCCUUCAGGAUUUGCAUCAACAACGCCAGUCUCUCCUGCAUGCCCAUAACACGCUUCAUGGGGUUGAUGAUAACAUUGGGAAGAGUAAGAAGAUUUUGACUGCCAUGUCAAGAAGGAUGAGCAGGAACAAGUGGAUUGUUGGCUCCGUAAUAGGAUCUCUAGUUGUUGCAAUCGUCUUGAUCCUGUAUUUUAAGCUCUCUCAUUAGUGAGGCAUGCUUGUUCAAUCAUGUUGUUUGUGACAUCUUGCUAUUUUCUGUAAUUUGCGUGAAUGUUUGAAAAUAUGAUUAUUUCUCAAGUGUGUCCAUGUGUGUACGAUCAGAUGCUUUGGUGGUAUAUUGCCAUCUUUAUAAUGCUCAUUCUCUCUCUCUCUCUC